AUGAGCUACACUCUGGACUCGCUGGGCAACCCGUCCGCCUACCGGCGGGUCACCGAGACCCGCUCCAGCUUCAGCCGCGUGAGCGGUUCCCCGUCUAGCGGCUUCCGCUCGCAGUCCUGGUCCCGCGGCUCGCCCAGCACCGUGUCCUCCUCCUACAAGCGCAGCGCGCUCGCCCCGCGCCUCACCUACAGCUCGGCUAUGCUCAGCUCGGCCGAGAGCAGCCUCGACUUCAGCCAGUCCUCGUCGCUGCUCAACGGCGGCUCCGGCGCUGACUACAAGCUGUCCCGCUCCAACGAGAAAGAGCAGCUGCAGGGGCUGAACGACCGCUUCGCCGGCUACAUCGAGAAAGUGCACUACUUGGAACAACAGAACAAGGAGAUCGAGGCAGAGAUCCAGGCGCUGCGGCAGAAGCAGGCCUCACACGCCCAACUGGGUGAUGCAUACGACCAGGAGAUCCGAGAGCUGCGCGCCACACUCGAGAUGGUGAACCACGAGAAGGCUCAAGUGCAGCUGGACUCCGAUCACUUGGAGGAAGACAUCCACCGGCUCAAGGAGCGCUUCGAGGAGGAGGCGCGGCUGCGGGACGACACCGAGGCUGCCAUCCGCGCGCUGCGCAAAGACAUCGAGGAGUCGUCGAUGGUUAAGGUGGAGCUGGACAAGAAGGUGCAGUCGCUGCAGGAUGAGGUGGCCUUCCUGCGGAGCAAUCACGAAGAGGAGGUGGCCGACCUGCUGGCUCAGAUCCAGGCGUCGCACAUCACGGUAGAGCGCAAAGACUACCUGAAGACAGACAUCUCCACGGCGCUGAAGGAGAUCCGCUCCCAGCUCGAGUGUCACUCAGACCAGAACAUGCACCAGGCCGAAGAGUGGUUCAAAUGCCGCUACGCCAAGCUCACCGAGGCGGCCGAGCAGAACAAGGAGGCCAUCCGCUCCGCCAAGGAAGAGAUCGCCGAGUACCGGCGCCAGCUGCAGUCCAAGAGCAUCGAGCUCGAGUCGGUGCGAGGCACUAAGGAGUCCCUGGAGCGGCAGCUCAGCGACAUCGAGGAGCGCCACAACCACGACCUCAGCAGCUACCAGGACACCAUCCAGCAGUUGGAAAAUGAGCUUCGGGGAACAAAGUGGGAAAUGGCUCGUCAUCUGCGAGAAUACCAGGAUCUCCUUAACGUCAAGAUGGCCCUGGACAUCGAGAUCGCUGCGUACAGGAAACUCCUGGAGGGGGAAGAGACCAGAUUUAGCACAUUUUCAGGAAGCAUCACCGGGCCUCUGUACACACACCGACAGCCCUCAGUCACAAUAUCCAGUAAGAUUCAGAAGACCAAAGUCGAGGCCCCCAAGCUCAAGGUCCAACACAAAUUUGUAGAGGAGAUCAUUGAAGAAACUAAAGUCGAAGAUGAGAAGUCAGAAAUGGAAGACACCCUUACAGCCAUCGCAGAGGAGUUGGCAGCCUCCGCCAAAGAGGAGAAGGAAGAAGCAGAAGAAAAGGAAGAGGAACAGGAAGAAGAAAAGUCUCCCGUGAAGUCUCCUGAGGCUAAGGAAGAGGAGGAGGGGGAAGGGGAAAAGGAGGAAGAAGAGGAAGGCCAGGAGGAAGAAGAGGAGGAAGAUGAAGGGGUCAAGUCAGAUCAGGCAGAAGAGGGGGGGUCUGAGAAGGAAGGCUCCAGCGAAAAAGAUGAUGGUGAGCAGGAAGAAGAAGAGGGAGAGGCUGAGGCAGAAGGUGAAGGAGAGGAAGCAGAAGCUAAGGAGGAAAAGAAAACUGAGGGAAAGGUUGAGGAAGUGGCUGUCAAGGAAGAAAUUAAGGUGGAGAAGCCCGAGAAAGCCAAGUCCCCUGUGCCAAAAUCACCCGUGGAAGAAGCAAAACCAAAGCCAGAAGCCAAGGCCGGGAAGGAUGAGCAGAAGGAGGAAGAGAAAGUUGAGGAGAAGAAGAAGGAAGUCACCAAGGAAUCACCCAAGGAAGAGAAAGUGGAGAAGAAGGAGGAGAAGCCAAAAGAUGUUCCAGAUACAAAGAAGGCCGAGUCCCCGGUGAAAGAGAAGGCUGUAGAGGAGGUGAUCACCAUCACCAAGUCGGUAAAGGUGAGCCUAGAGAAAGACGCCAAAGAGGAGAAGCCUCAGCAGCAGGAGAAGGUGAAGGAGAAGGCAGAGGAGGAGGGGGGCAGUGAGGAGGAAGGGAGUGACCGAAGCCCUCAGGAAUCUAAGAAGGAAGACAUAGCUAUCAAUGGGGAGGUGGAAGGAAAAGAGGAGGAGGAGGAGGAGCAGGAAACUCAGGAGAAGGGCAGUGGGCGUGAGGAGGAGAAAGGGGUGGUCACUAAUGGCUUAGACGUGAGCCCCGCAGAGGAAAAGAAAGGGGAGGAUAGAAGUGAUGACAAAGUGGUGGUGACCAAGAAGGUAGAAAAAAUCACCAGCGAGGGGGGCGAUGGUGCUACCAAAUACAUCACCAAAUCCGUAACCGUCACUCAAAAGGUCGAAGAGCAUGAGGAGACCUUUGAGGAGAAGCUGGUGUCAACCAAAAAGGUAGAGAAGGUCACUUCACACGCCAUAGUCAAGGAAGUCACCCAGGGUGACUAA